AGCCGAAACAUGGAGCCGCAUCUCAGCUUCCGCGGACGGCGGGCCCUGGUGACUGGGGCCGGCAAAGGGAUCGGUCGCGCCGUGGCCGUGGCGCUGAGCAGGGCCGGGGCCCGCGUGACCGCGCUGAGCCGGACGGGAGCGGACUUGGAGAGCCUGACGCGGGAGUGCCCGGGCAUCGAGACCCUCUGCCUGGACCUGGCGGACUGGGAGGCUGUGGAGGCGGCGGUGGGCGCGGCGGGGCCGUUCGAGCUGCUGGUUAACAACGCGGCCGUGGCGGAGCUGCAGCCGUUCCUGGAGGUGACGCGCUCGGCCUUGCAGCGGUCUCUUGAUGUGAAUUUUGGAGCUGUGCUUCAUGUUUCCCAGAUAGUUGCUCGGCAGAUGAUCGCACAGGGGCUGCAAGGGGCUAUUGUGAACGUCUCCAGCCAGGCAUCGAAGCGUGCACUGAGGGAUCAUGCUGUUUACUGUUCCACAAAAAGUGCUUUGGAUAUGCUGAGCAAAGUAAUGGCAAUGGAACUGGGACCCCACAAGAUUAGGGUGAACACUGUGAAUCCCACCGUGGUUAUGACUGACAUGGGAAGAAUUAACUGGAGUGACCCUCAGAAAUCUGCUGCCAUGAUUAAUCGGAUUCCUCUGGGAAAGUUUGCAGAGGUGGAUGACGUGGUGAACAGCAUUCUCUUCCUGCUGAGUGACAAGAGUGCUAUGACAACUGGCAGCUCACUGAUGAUUGAUGGGGGCUUUCUUGUCUCCUAAGAUGACACCUGCGUUUCACACUUGGCCUCAAUUUUCAUAUGAAUACUGCCUAGACGUAAACUGGAUAGAAAACAAUGAUACAAAACUUCUUGCUGGAGAGGCAGGAGAACUCAAGAUUGUAUUAGAAGUGAGGCGGAAAAUCAAGCUGCAAGGCUGCUAUAUAAUAAAGCUCACAUACACCCUU